AUGUUAAACAAUUCAAAACUGAGCUUGAAGGAGAUGAAUUACGUUCUGUCGUUAGGUAUGGAGGAAGGGGAGUUCUCGGAAGCCCGCGACGAUAUGGCUGCUUUGGAAAAGGACUACGAAGAGAUUGGAUCUGAUGAAUACUUUGAUGACGAUGAGACUUACACCGCCUCUCGUGGAAACAGUGCUUAUUCACGAAAAUUCUAG